ACACACAGUGAAUACAUACCGAAAAACACAAACCAGCUCAAAGAACUGUAGUUCAUCGCAGACUGGAACUGCGAAGCAAAAAAGUUCAGGUGUUAAGGUCAGAGCUACGGCACGUAUUUCCGCGAUAUUCUACCCAACGUUCGCACUAAACGGAGCUCAAACUACUUCGACAAGACAGUAGGGAAACAAUGGCAGGAUUCGCUGUAAGGAAUGAGCUGGGAAGAUACUUAGUCAUCUUAGCAUGGAUGGGCGUCAAUAUAUAUUUAUUUGUCAGUUCCUUCAUCACCCUCCAAACAUCCAAAACCAACUUCUAUCUGCGAGUCAUUGUCAAGGAGGGGUUGGCUUUCGCAAGAGCAUCGGCAGCGGUGUUAAAUUUCAACUGUAUGCUUAUUCUGUUGACCAUGUGCAGAAAUCUUCUGUCGUCCAUCAGAGGUUUGGGGUGUGGGCAUAGCUUUCUUCGCCUUCUUGAUAAGCACAUGACGUUUCACAAGUACAUUGCAUACAUGAUAUGUUUUCAAACAGCCAUCCACAUUGUGGCUCACGUUUUUAAUGUGGAGUUUUUUGUUGAUUCGCACAAGAGCAACGACACGCUCAUUCAGAGACUGAAUAAUAUGGAAGAUAUCGGCAACGAAGCUUAUCUAAACCCAAUAAGGGACACAAACGCGGUGCCAGUGAUUGAGCUGUGGAAAUUAGCGUCCGGAAUAACAGGAGCUGUGAUUACUCUUUGCCUUAUUUUGAUGCUUUCUUCCUCGACGGAACUUAUAAGGAGAUCGUACUUUGAAGUAUUUUGGUACAAUCAUCAUAUGUUUGUCAUCUUUUACAUUGGUUUGGUCGUUCAUGGAAUACAGGGUGUGGUGCGAUUUCAGUCGAACGUGGAUGAACAUGACCCUGAAGUAUGCUACAAAGACGUGAACAAGUGGGAAAAGGACGGACCUUGUAAAGCACUCCCAAAAUUUGUACCUUUUGGAAUGAAUACUUGGAAAUGGGUCGUUGGACCAAUGAUACUGUAUGUUAUUGAACGUGCUAUCAGGUUUUAUCGCUCGUUCCAAGAGGUCAAGAUCCUGAAGGUCGUUAACCAUCCAUCCAAAGUUAUCGAAAUCCAAAUGAAAAAAGCUGGCUUCCAUCACGAAGCCGGACAGUAUAUUUUUCUCAAGUGUCCCAAGCUCUCUCAUUUAGAGUGGCACCCGUUUACACUAACGUCGGCCCCGGAGGAUGAUUUCUUCUCUGUGCAUAUUCGUAUCGCUGGAGACUGGACAGGUGGAUUGGCUAAACUCUGUAGUGGUGAUGGAAAAGAAACAAGAAGUCUAGCUGACAUGCCAAGACUUGCUGUUGACGGACCUUUUGGAACGGCGAGCUCGGACGUUUUCAAGUACCCAGUGUGUAUGUGCAUUGGCGCAGGUAUUGGAGUGACGCCUUUCGCGUCGGUUUUGAAGUCGAUAUGGUAUCAACACCAACAAAAUAACGUGAACCCAGUGGUUAAGAAAGUUUAUUUCUUUUGGAUCUGUCCAGACACGAACGCCUUCGAGUGGUUUACAGAUCUCUUGCAGUAUCUAGAAGAGAGGAUGGUGGAAACAGGAAACGGAGAUUUCUUGGAGUACAAUAUUUACCUUACUAGAGGAUGGGGUCCAAAUAUGGCUCGUACCAUUGUCCUUCAUGAAGAUGAAGAAGAUGACAUUAUUACAGGCUGUAAGCAAAAAACUCGCUACGGCCGGCCUGAGUGGAACGGAAUCUUUGGUAACGUCGCCAGAGCACAUCCUAGGACGAAAAUUGGUGUAUUUUUCUGUGGACCAGCAGCUCUUUCGCAUCAGCUCCACAAAACAGCAAAUGCACACAGCAAUGUUGCCGAGGGAGUCAAGUUCUACUACAACAAGGAAAAUUUCUAAUAUGUUGACCCGAAUCUGUGAAUAAGAGCUUUAAUGAAUUCAUUGUAAAGGUGAAGUUAUAGCCCGCAGCUGAAGGAAAUAAGCCUGCUUUGCAGGUAUAAACAGGGAAGGAAAUCGGGACGUGAAAACCCCGUCUUCCCUGUUUUUAUGCGCCUGCUGGCGGGCAAGAAGGAAAUAUUAUCUUGGAUUUCUAAAUUACACACACGACCGUGUCCAGUACCCUAGACUCUGAGGUUCAAACCGUUAUUUGCUUAAGGAGUGGCAGUUUUCAUGUUGUUCAGUCCAUAGUUAAGUUUCAGUCAAAGAAGGUAACUCAGAUGCGGGAAAUAACAGCGUUCGUUGUAUUUAGUUUGCCCUAGAAAGUUAAGUGAAAGAGAAUUUAAAUAACCAAAACAGCAACGUCAAUUAACAACUAAUAUAUAUUUACUAUAGAUUUCGCAUUUCAUUAGAUUUAUAUUGAUAAAAUUGUUUUUUUUUUUUCUCUCGUCCCUAAUUAAUCCCAAGUGGACACGUAGAGAUAUUUGGUGAUUGCACUUUGAUGUUAUUCUUGAACCCACAUCUCUGUCAAACAGCGCGAGGUCUGUACAGGGGGGUGGGGGUGGCAUUGGGCGAGAUCUUCAACCCCAGUGUGCGUUCCACUCUGCAUUUUUUUUUUCGCCCUAAACCCCACUCGGAAGCAUGUUCAAUGUUAAUUUAUGCAAUCAAGGUGUCCGUUGACACUUUUUGCUUGAUAGCCAGUAUAUAAUUUAUUAGAGUAAUGAUAAACAUAGGGCACAGUAAAAGAGGAUUUUCUUUGCAAAAUUUACCCAACAGUAAAAAACACUUUGACAGGGUUGGAUAUUAGCACUCGCCCGCUCGCCCAGGCGAGUGUUCAAAGUGUCGGGCGAGAGCAAAUCAUCGAUCACUCACCCGUUUGGCGAGUGCGAUUUUCGUUGCCAAGAGCUUAUUUUAUAUUGCGAAAUAAACUGUUUUUUACAUUCCAUUUUGCUGAGAAAAUCCCUAAACAUAAACUUAUCAUUUCUAUUUUACAAAGUUUUAUAUUCCGAACUGACUAAUAAAUUGGCGCUGAAAGGCAACAGUGAGCUUCGUAAAUAGACAAAUAUGGCUUCCUCCUAGUGAUAAUUACAUAACCCAUGUAGCUGAACAAAGUGAUACUGCUGGUCACUAUCGAGCCAUCAGUGAUCAGGUAAACAUGGCGUCCAACGACCGCGCCUGAGAAAAACAGAACGUUUACUCGCAAACUGCAGGGAUCUCACGAAAAUUCAUCGAUAAAAAACUAUUUGAAAUGUAAAGAACCUCGACUGUGAUUGUGUUUUCUUGGGGUUUAAGUUCUUCAAAUAGAAUUUUUAAUUGAAGUAAUAAUCCUCGGUUUGGGCGAGUGAAAACUGGUCCGGGCGAGUGCAUUUUGAGGGUCACUCGCCGAAUGGCGAGUGCUGUCAAAAUUAAGUGUCCAACCCUGCUUUCAUAAAGAAUAACAGUAGAUUUCAGAUUUUUUGUUUUGCACUAUUUCUUACAAUCAAUCUAUCUGUAAAUAAAUACUACAUAUUACCAACAAGAACACAGAAACAAAAAAUUACAAUAAAUAGAAAGUAAAGGUGCGUAAUAACCAAAGUAGCUACGACUUUCGGGUUGGUCAAUGCCACGUUAAGUUAAUUAGCGUAGACAAAAAGCUUACAUAACUAAAAACAGUACAGAGUGUAUUAUAUAAAUUACUUAUGUAAUGUAAUUUAUUAGAGUAAUAAUGAACAUAGAACAUAGUAUGAAGUAGGCUGCUUGCAGAAUUUACUCAAUAACAACAACAAAACACUUCUAUUUUUACGAAAAAGGUUUCGUGUAAGUAACGCAACCCAAAUCAGGCACCUUCAGUAAUUUGUUUGGUGAACACUUGCAUAAUGCAGGUGAUGUCAACGUGUCGUCAGGUUGGUGUCAUUAGAGGCCAACCUCAGAUGCAUACCCCAUGUGAAGGAAUUUAAAAUUAAUUUUUGACUAGAGGAUCUUUCAGCUUUUUGCCUACUGACGAUAGAGUAAUUUCGGUAUCAGUAUUUAGCACCUAAUACCAUGGUCUGUAGAUAAAGGGCUCACGUGGUAAGAUUUUCUUGGCGAUGUACAAGGUGUUUAUAUUACAAUAUUACAAUGCCAAAAUAGUAUUGGAAAGUAGUUCUGCUGUGUCAUUUUAUAACAUUCUUCAUUCACGAGUUAGGUUGAUAACAAAACGACUAGACUUGUGUUUGCGGAAGACGAUGUGAUUACUUCUCAAUGUAAUAAAAUCUAAGACUAUUUAAUAAAUGUACAUUUUCAGUGCUC